AUGCGGCGCACUACACCACCGGUAGCGGGGGCCGUGCGCGAGGCAGGUUGCCUCGCUGACCCCAAGCGUGCCGGCAGCGGCGGACGUCCCCGUCGCGCAGGUCGUGGUGGCGGCGGCGGCGUCGUUGGCCCGCCCUCGUCGCUCGACGCGCUCGUGUUAGGAGGAGUUACAAACUCUUCGCCCGACGAGGAGCGCGGAGACGAUGACGAGGAUAGGACCGGAGGGGGUGGUGGGCGUUGCCCGGAGACGAUAGAGAACGCGCGGGACUACUGGUCGCACUUCAGGCGCGUGCACCCCGACCAACCAUACCCCAUCCAGAAGAACUACGUCUGCGAUAUCUGCGGGAAGAGCUUCCGGGGCAACGCAUUCCUAACAUACCACAAGCGGACGCACUCCGAAGAGCGCAUGUACAAGUGUGCGCAGUGCCCGAAGGCCUUCUACAAUCGCACCAACCUCCAGCUGCAUGAGAAGACGCACUCCGACACGCGACCCUAUCCAUGCUCCGUCUGCUUCAAGGCCUUUAAGGCCAAGGGCGCCCUGGACCGCCACUUUAGGAUGCACGAGAGGAAACUCGCCGAUGCCCGGCCUUUCCCCUGCUCUGUCUGCUCCAAGGCGUUCAAGGACAACAGCGCUCUCGUGCGGCAUUUCAGGAUCCACACAGGCGAGAAGCCGUACGAGUGCGAAGUCUGCGGCAAAGGGUUCGGCCAGUCCAACAGCCGCAAGCUUCACGUGCUCACCGUGCACCUCAAGCAGCCCGCGCCCUACGUCAGCCGCGCGCGCCUGCAGCGCGGCAAGGGCAAGCCCGCCGACAAGCCGCUCUACUAGCGCCGGCUGUCGGCACUCGCGCCGACUGUAGGCGAGGCCAGGCCGACAGCCGCCAGCUGCACGUGCUCACCGUGCACCUCAAGCAGCCCGCGCCCUACGUCAGCCGACUAACGGGACUAUUCCCACCACUGCAACUCCUGUGUAGCCAGGAUCUACAGCUUGACCGCCACAAAAACCCAACCAAUGAAGGUCAAGUUUGUCCCGAGGGAAAGUUAAACUGUCAUUGGACCCGCAACGAAAUUAAUCAGAAGAACAUUGGAGGAGUUCGAAAUUGAGGUUCGACUUCCCUCCAUUGCAAAGCGGAUAACAGCAGAUGACGUCAGCCGACUAGUGUGAACAAGGCUUACGUUCUGUGAGUCGCCUCUAGCACACACUGGCCGGGCGGGGGGUAGUGUGAGUUUACGUCAAAAGCAUUCGAUAUCGACUGCGUAAAAAAGUGACAUUACCCUAGCGGAAACUUUCAAGAACUAAAAUCUUCAUAUAUUUUGUUAACGCGCUCGUUAGUGACCGCGUUUGAUGUAAACUCACGCCCUCGGGUUCAGGCGCGGCCGCACGCGUUGUCCUCAGCAACCCGAAGAUCUCAAUAGUUAGUUCAUAUCAAUUUCAUCAAUUUGCUAAUCAAGUGCAAUAAGGUCGAAACUUGCGUUCGGGUCAAGAGGAUAGUGACGAUCAACUGUGCCUUUGAAACAUCAC